AUGAGUAUGAAAAAAACAGCAUUAGUUGUAGUGGCUUCAGGCUCUGAAGACGUUGAAUAUAUAACAGCAGUUGACGUAUUAAGAAGAGCUAGUAUCGAAGUAACAACAGCUUCAAUACACGACACAGAAAAAGUUCAGCUUCAAUCGAGAAAUACCGUUUUUGCUGAUACGAUUAUAGAUAAAGUAAAAAAUAUGAUAUUCGAUGUAAUAAUAAUACCCGGAGGAAUGAAAGGAUCUAAUGCUAUAUCAGACUGUCCAGCUGUAAUUGAAAUGUUAAGAGAUCAAAAAAAAAAUAAUAGACUUUAUGCAGCUAUAUGUGCUGCACCUGCAACAGUUCUACAUCGACAUUCCUUGAUUGAUGAUGUUGAAGCAGUUGCAUACCCUUCUUUUGAAAGUGAUUUUAAACAGAUUGGUAAAGGAAGAGUCUGUGUUUCAAAAAAUUGCGUAACAUCUCUUGGACCCGGAACAGCUACAGAAUUUGCACUUAAAAUCGUAGAAUUACUGCUAGGUAGAGAUGCCGCUCUAAGACUUGCUAGCGGUUUUCUUUUACACCCAUCUAUUACUUUUUAA